GACUCCACGCGCCGGGAAGUCCACGUCAAAACAGACACCCAGAUAUCAAUAUCCUUUUGGCUUUUGAUCUGUGAAACUUCUGGUAAUCUGAGAAUUUUUCCUGAGAAACACUGUUGGAAUAACAAUGCACGACUUCUGCUUCACGAUCCCGUACGGGCUGGUUCUGCUUGGAGGAGGAGUUUUUGGGUAUAUUAAGAAGGGGAGCACGGCUUCUUUGGCUGGGGGUGUGGGCAUUGGAUUGGUGCUCAUUCUUGCAGGGUAUCUGAGUCUCGAAGCUUUCAAGAAGAGGAAGAACUCAUAUCCGGCUUUGAUUCUUGAGACCGUUUGUGCAGCCGCACUCACUUGGGUCAUGGGACAGCGCUAUAUGCAAACCUCUAAGAUUAUGCCAGCUGGUGUUGUCGCCGGUAUCAGUGCACUUAUGACUGCAUUUUAUGUGUACAAAAUUGCAACCGGUGGCAACCAUAUUCCAGCCAAGGCUGAUUGACCGUGUUAAGGAUUUCACUAUCCAGAACUGUACUGGGAGCACACGUAUCUAAAUGCUUCUAUUUGAUGUUCUUAGAUUUUUGUCUUUAACGUAUUGAUAGCUACUGUCCAAACAGGCUGUGUAUGGAACAAAAGAUGGAUUUUGUGUUUGAAAUUAUAGGAACCUGGUUUCUGGUCAAGCUCAAUGUUCCUUUGUUCA